AUGGGCAACGGACGCUCUACGACCUACUAUAGUAGUUUCUCUAAACAGGUGGACAAACCUGUGCAUGAUCAGGAUGCCUUAGGGCAGAAGAAAAAGGCCAAGGCCAAAAAAGGCCACUUUUUUUCUCGGAUCCUUUCCCGGCAUUGCAGAGUGGCUCCUGCACCGGAGACCGAACCUCUCAUUAGACCCAACGGUUCAGACGAACUGGAUGAAGUUUCUGAGGAGAACGUCAGCAACCAGAGCCAUAUGAAAUUCCUGAGUGAUGUAGAUUUUUUUGCAAAAACACAUGAGGCUGAGUUGAUACUAAUGAACUCGUCUCUCAAGGAGCUUCUGCAGUGUCUGGGGGAGUUCCUGUGCCGUCGCUGCUCUCAGCUGAAAUCUCUGACUCCAGUGAUGCCUACAGAGUGGCUGCUAAAAACUGAUUUCUUCUUGACGCUGGUGGGCUGGCAGAACAAGAGCUACAUUGAGCAAGGGAGUGUGGUCUUCUUAUACGCUCUGUGUCGGGAAAUCAUCUCGGCCGAGGUGGCCAGUGUGAAGGAGUUACGCUCUGUGCUCCUAACCUGCCUCUAUGUGUAUUAUUCCUAUGCUGGUUAUGACAUUUGCUACCCAGUCAAGCCGUUUAUCAAGGCACAAAACAAGCAGGUCUUUUGGAAGCGCGUUCUGGACAUCAUCUACAAAACAAGUAGAAAGAUGUUGUUGCUCCACACUGACCCAGAAUUUUUCUUACAGGUCCUCAAUGAGCUGAAAAGUGGUAUGACCCGUUAAAAUACCAGCUAGGUAGGCGCCCAGGUGGCGCAGCGGGAUAUUCCGCUAGCACACCAGC